UCUUGCCACCUCCUUGGCAGCCAGUAAACAUGUGCUUAAGUGAACCUGUCCAGGAAAAGGGGGUCGCCAGUUGGAAGCUCCACCAUUCCUUUUGGGACACCUCUCACGGUUAGAAAGAGCUCAGACAAGGGGCAGGAACUGCAACUUGGGGUAAACAAGUCACUCCCCAGUCGGCCUCAGUUUCCUCCUAAACGACCCGUCCGGCCUGUCCAGCCCUAGCGCUCAAGGAUUCUAGGAAUUCUGUCCCUUCUUGUCGAAAACAACACUCAGGCUUUUCACAAAAGCACCCACCCCCUGUGCUACCCUUGCAACGACAGCCCGCUUCCCUGGAACCCGGGCUGCACCGCGCCGGUCACAUGAACUCCGGGCUCUCUCUGGUGUGACGGCUUUCUCAGAUCCCUUUGUGCGCGCAGGUUUUGAAAGGGAACGACCCCGGGUCCUGGGUUUGAGAGGCGCAGGGCGCCGCGGGAGGCAGGCUGUCGGAGCCAAUCGACCCGCCUCCAGACCCCAGCACGUCGCCGGGGCUGCGCGCUCCCAAUUCCGCGCUGCCGCCCGCCUCCAGUGUCGCCCGAGGGUGCCGGGCCGGCGAGGAGCCCAGGUCCAGCAGCUGGAUAUGGAAAACCAACGCUCAUCACCUCUCCCAUUCUCCACCGUUCUGCCGGAAGAAACCCUGCAUCGGGCUCCUGCUGGACUUCCGCGAGAAACUCUGUUCCCUUCCCGAAUUCUUCCCCCAAAAGAAGUUCCUUCUUUGUCUCCCACCACUCCCCAGCAAGGCUCCCAGCCCCAGACUUCCAGUGCUCCCAAGCAAGAGACUUCAGGCCAGAUGCCACAUGCCCUCCAGAAGGGACCUUCACUCCUAUAUCCUGCAGCUUCUGAGCAAGACACGCAUCAUCAGGGCCCUCUGGCUUCCCAGGAAGAGACCCAGUACCCCCUCUCAACUGCUGCUGAACAGGAACUACCCCUUCUGACCCACUCCACCCACCAUCAGGAAGCCUCACUCCACUCCCCUGAAGUUCCUGAGAAAGACCCACUGACCCUUUCCCCUACAGUUCCUGAGACUGACAUGGACCCCCUGCUUCAGAGCCCCAUUUCCCAAAAGGACAUCCCCUUCCAGUCCUCUCCUGCAGCUCAGAAGGAACAGCCACUGCCCACAGCGGAGAUCACCCGCUUGGCCAUGUGGGCUGCCGUCCAAGCGGUGGAAAGGAAACUAGAGGCCCAAGCCAUGAGGCUACUGACCCUGGAGGGCAGGACCGGGACAAAUGAAAAAAAGAUAGCUGACUGUGAGAAGACAGCUGUGGAGUUUGCAAACCAUCUGGAGAGCAAGUGGGUUGUGCUGGGAACGCUGCUGCAGGAGUAUGGACUACUGCAGAGGCGGCUGGAGAACAUGGAGAACCUGCUGAAAAACAGAAAUUUCUGGAUCCUGAGGCUGCCCCCAGGCAGCAAUGGAGAAGUUCCCAAGGUCCCUGUCACUUUUGAUGAUGUCGCCGUCCAUUUCUCUGAGCAGGAGUGGGGAAACCUAUCUGAAUGGCAGAAGGAGCUCUACAAGAAUGUGAUGAGAGGCAACUACGAGUCUCUGGUUUCCAUGGACUAUGCAAUUUCCAAACCAGACCUCAUGUCACAGAUGGAGCGUGGGGAAAGACCAGCCAUGCAGGAGCACGAAGACUCUGAGGAGGGUGAGACGCCUACAGACCCCAGUGCUGCACAUGACGGCAUCGUGAUUAAGAUUGAGGUGCAGACCAACGACGAGGGCUCAGAAAGCUUGGAGACGCCAGAGCCCCUGAUGGGACAAGUAGAGGAACAUGGCUUUCAGGACUCAGAGUUGGGUGACCCCUGUGGAGAGCAGCCAGACUUGGACAUGCAGGAACAGGAGAACACGCUGGAGGAGUCCACAGAAGGCUCCAGUGAGUUCAGUGAACUCAAGCAGAUGCUGGUGCAGCAGAGAAACUGCACAGAGGGGAUCGUGAUAAAGACAGAGGAGCAGGAAGAGGAGGAUGAAGAGGACGAGGAGGACGAGCUGCCGCAGCACUUGCAGUCCCUAGGGCCACUGUCCGGGAGGUACGAAGCCAGUAUGUAUCAGACCCCACUGCCCGGGGAGAUGUCCCCGGAGGGCGAGGAGAGCCCCCCGCCCCUGCAGCUGGGAAACCCCUCGGUGAAGCGGCUGGCGCCCUCCACGCACGCACACGCACACGGCGAGAGGCACCACCUAGGCGAGAACCGGGGUUCCUCCAGCCAGCAGCAGAGGAACCGGCGCGGCGAGCGGCCCUUCACCUGCAUGGAGUGCGGCAAGAGCUUCCGGCUGAAGAUCAACCUCAUCAUCCACCAGCGCAACCACAUCAAGGAGGGGCCCUACGAGUGCGCAGAGUGCGAGAUCAGCUUCCGGCACAAGCAGCAGCUCACGCUGCACCAGCGCAUCCACCGCGUGCGGGGCGGCUACGCCUCGCCGGAGCGCGGGUCCGCCUUCAACCCCAAGCACUCUCUCAAGCCACGUCCCAAGUCGCCCAGCUCGGGCAGCGGUGGCGGACCCAAGCCCUACAAGUGCCCCGAGUGCGAUAGCAGCUUCAGCCACAAGUCGAGCCUGACCAAGCACCAGAUUACACACACGGGCGAGCGGCCCUACACGUGCCCUGAGUGCAAGAAGAGCUUCCGCCUGCACAUCAGCCUGGUCAUCCACCAGCGCGUGCACGCGGGCAAACACGAGGUCUCCUUCAUCUGCAGCCUGUGCGGCAAGAGCUUCAGCCGCCCAUCACACCUGCUGCGCCACCAACGGACUCACACGGGCGAGCGGCCUUUCAAGUGCCCCGAGUGCGAGAAGAGCUUCAGCGAGAAGUCCAAGCUCACCAACCACUGCCGCGUGCACUCGCGCGAGCGGCCGCACGCCUGCCCCGAGUGCGGCAAGAGCUUCAUCCGCAAGCACCACCUGCUGGAGCACCGGCGCAUCCACACGGGCGAGCGGCCCUACCACUGCGCCGAGUGCGGCAAGCGCUUCACGCAGAAGCACCACCUGCUGGAGCACCAGCGCGCGCACACGGGCGAGCGGCCCUACCCCUGCACGCACUGCGCCAAGUGCUUCCGCUACAAGCAGUCGCUCAAGUACCACCUGCGGACCCACACGGGCGAGUGAGCGCGCGCCCCGCCGCCGCCCGGCCCCUGGACAGCUGCCUCGGCCACCGCCAGGCCCGAGCCCAGCGGGCGGGGGCGGGGCGCCCUGAGCCCCUCUGCUGUGAGCCCUGAGCCCCCACUCCCCUUCCGUCCCUCCUCCCCAGGACGCGGGAUAGUGAGACCAGGUCGCUUGCUGCCUGUAUCCCCGGCCUGGGGAACCCCCGCGGGCUGUUCAUUUCCUUGACAAUAAAAUGGAUGAAACCAAUCAGCACGGGGGGAGUGAUUUGGCUGCCGGCCACUCGAAGGGGCUGAACAGGGCCAUCUAGUUGGGGAUAGAACUUUUUAAUUACCUUUUGGAUACUGUGGUUCUAUUUGAUAAUAAUAGAGUAAUUUUUAAAAGA